UAAUUUCCGUCCAUAAAUCACAUAAAACCUCGAAGAAAAGACACUACAGCGCCCAUCUCACUAAAAGAAUAACACCUGAGCUAGGGUUUUCCGCUCUCUUUCUAUCUGCAGCUAGGAGAAAAAACUUCAAACAGCCGCUGCAGAAUGACGACCGUCGUCCCUACCUCCGAGGAAGAUCCAGCGCUCGCCGUCGUCCGCUUCACCUCCGAACUUGCCUGGGCCGACGCCGGUCCCGAGGUUGCCGAGCAACAAGUUAGUAGGCUAUGUGUGGAAGCACAAGAAUGCAUGGUGAUAGGCAGAUGGUUGGAUUUGGCUUCUUUAAUACUCACUUCUGCUGAUGUUAUAUUCUCCAAUUCCAAGGUCUCAGAGAAAGAUCUUGAGUGCAUCUUCACUGUUAUCUGCAAUCUUGUUACCAAGCCUGACAGUCCGGAUGAAGCACUUGAGAUGGCAAAACUUAUAUGUGGAAAAAUUAUUCAGCAGCCAGCUGACAAGCCUGCAUUGCGAUUAAAGAUCUUGUUCAAUCUAUACAAUCUACUGGAGAGCCCAUACAGCCGAUUCUAUGUAUACUUGAAGGCGCUAGAUUUGGCAUUAAAUGGAAAAGUCACGGAACAUAUGGUACCUUCUUUUAAAACUAUCGAGAGCUUCUUGAAAGAAUGGAAUCUGGAGGUGAAGGAUCAGAGAGAGCUUUUCCUCAGCAUUUCUAAUGUCCUGAGAGAGAGUAAGAGCUCAGGGAAAGAUUCUUUUAAAUUCUUGACCAAGUAUUUAGCAACCUUUGCUGGUGAGGAUGCAUAUGCAAUGGGUGAAGCCAAGGAAGAAGCUGUACGAACAAUUAUCGAAUUUGUAAAGUCACCUGAUAUGUUUCAGUGUGACCUGCUAGAUAUGCCUGCUGUGGGACAAUUGGAAAAGGACGGCAAAUACGCGUUGGUGUACCAGCUUUUGAAGAUAUUUCUAACUCAGAGGCUAGAUGCCUACUUAGAGUUCCAGACUGCAAAUUCUGCAUUGCUGAAGAGCUAUGAUCUUGUCCAUGAAGAUUGUAUAGCAAAGAUGAGAUUGAUGUCAUUGCUGGAUCUUUCCUUGGAUGAAUCUGGUCGAAUUCCUUAUACCCUUAUUAAGGAUACUCUUCGGAUUAACGAUGAUGAGGUGGAAUUAUGGGUGGUGAAGGCAAUAACUGCCAAGUUAAUCAACUGUAAAAUGGAUCAGAUGAAUGAAGUUGUAAUUGUGAGUAGCUGUACCGAGCGUGUAUUUGGGCAGCAUCAGUGGCAGAAACUUAGAUCGAAGCUGGCUACUUGGAGGGAUAAUGUUACAAAUGUGAUAAACACCAUCCAAGCCAACAAGGUAACUGAAGAUGGAUCACAGGCAAUGCAAGGAUUAAUGAUUCGUUAGGGUUCUUUUUCCGGUGGCCCUAAUUUUCAAGGACCAUUUUUAUCCUGAGUUUUUUGGGUUUCAAUUCAUUUUACUUAGAGCAGAAUCAAGUGUAUUGGGAAAAGAAAUUUUGACAGUCAUGUAGUUCAACAUUCGACCAUGCUGAAUGAUUUUACAGACAGAUUGUAUGUAUCGUCUCCAACUUCUUCCAUUUAAUUUUAAUGUUGAACUCUGCUCUGCUUCCUUCAA